AUGCAUGGACGACCUUGGCCCACGGCGAAGACGAAGCAGCAUGGCAAAGACGCCACCAUGUGCAGUACCUCACACCUGGUGCUGCGCGCAUCUUUGACACCAGUCGGCGUUUUCGCGAAGCACGCUCACGAGAUCAUACGGAUCAAGACCUCCAGCGGCUUCGGCAGCGCGCUCUGGAUGACCUCGUGGCACGGAAAUCCUAGGCACAUCACGUGA